AUGCAGCCCAAGAAGAUAUUCUUGAAGAUGCAUUAUGUCGGUUGGAGAGACAGAAAGAAUCCAGACUUAUGGUUUUACUCGUGGAACGGCACAUCGUUCUUUGUGGCAAAUGACGAGCUUUCGGUCAAUAUCAACCUUGCAUCGUGGAGUGCUCGGGGCGGCUGGAAGGACAACGCGUUCAUUGCCACGGUGCCCAGGGUUUGUUCGACGGGCCGCGCUUCGAUACCCUCUCUGUGGCGGAAGAUGAUGGUGGCAGUCUUCAAUGACCCGGAUGCCGACUGCCCUUUUCAACCGGGAUCUUACUCCUUCAGCAAUUUUUCUACCGACUUCGACAUUGAAGCAGUACCGUCCUUCUUCUACGGCAAAUGGCGCGCCACGGGAAAACUGUUUCGGACUUCGUCGCGGGAACUGCUGGCGUGCGCCCGAGCUUACGGUUCCACAGUGCCGAAACUUAGCAAGCGGAACAGUUCCGUGCACGUCAGCCCACAUCGCAUUGAGUCUCAGGAUUAAACAGAGACCGGAAAAUCUGGGCUUUGCUGGAAAACAAGUGCCUUUGGAAAGUGUAACCGACCUUUCUCCUACACUUUGCUCCAUUCGUGUAAGUCAUCUCUGUCAUUGAUAUAGCAGUUUCU